AUGAGAAUAACGAAAAUAAACACAGAAACCGGAGAUAAAGAAGAAAAACAAACUUUAUCUAAGCUUAUCAACGAAUGUUCCGAUGAAUACACGGAGAAAAGAACAGUUUACUAUAUAACUUUUCAAAAGUAUUUGAAGAAACAAAUAUGUGGUAUAAGGGCGUUUAAGAAAACAGAUUGUAGAUUAACGAUAAUAAAUCUCAAGUGUGGUAGCCUGAUUACCGAAUAUAAGUUAGUGCUUGGAGUGCACGGUUCUGAUCCUAGAGGUAUAUCGACAGGUCAUGCCGGGGACGUAAUUAAGGAUGAAAUAGAAAAUGGUUCACUUGGGGAAUUUACAGUAGAUAAAUUCAAUUCGACAUUCAAUGAGAACAUACCCAUUAAUGUAUAUGUGAUUAUCACAAUGAAGAAGUACACAUGGUAUGACUUUUGUAAAAUUGAGGAACUUUUCAGAGAAAAGAUCGCUGAAAGAUCGUAUGAUAUGGAAGGCCAAAAAUUAGAAACUACUGACAUAUUCAUUGUGAACGGCGAGAUGAAUUGUGCAACGCCAGAUACAACCAAGGAGGGUAUAGAUGUUUGGCUUGUGGCGCUGGGAUCAGAUGCAGUAACCAUACAAAUUGGGAAUGAUUUGAAGGAUUUGCUCGAUUCCGGACAGUUAAGGAAACUUGGACAUCUAUUUGAGGACAGG